AUGGCAACACCCACCGCACUUGUCGACUGGUUAAUCGAAGGGCAAAUUGUUACCGAAGACGAGAAUCACAGCAUUAUCUACGAGGACGGGAUAGCCAUCCUGAAAAUUCGCAACAUUCAACGAGAUGAACUUCGUGUGUCGUGUAUCGCCACAAACUGCCAUGGCCGAGCAGAAACGCACUGUUGUCUGACAAGAGACCGCUCCGAGUCCUCAUUGCACGAUCUCGGCCAGAGUCCGCGUUUCAUUAUUCCACUGAAAAAUAUAUGUACGUGUGCUGAAGAAGUGACUCUGAAGUGUAUUGUUGAAGGCGAGCCGGUGCCAGAAGUUACGUGGUUCGUCGACGGAGAACUGCAAACGGAAAGGCGAGUGCUUUGA